GAAGAAAACACAAGUAUGUAUGUAUAAAAAUAUUCUGUGUUAGCUAUUUUUGUACAUAUAUUUUUAAGUUUAAUUCAUUGAUCUUCAUCCCUCCGCGUCCAAUCAAAGCACCACACUAGUGGCUGCAGCAUGGAGGGGGAAAAUGGUGAUAUCAGUUGCUGGGAGCUGAUGCCGGACCCAAUGCUGAUGCAAGUGUUUCAAUACCUGACAGCCAGAGAACUCUUGAGUGCCGGACAGACUUGCCACCACUGGCACCGAGUCUCUCAUGAUGAGAUGUUGUGGAAGCGCCUGCUCUAUAGAGACUACAGGAUUGAUCCUAGCAUUGGAAUUCUCCCAGGCAAGACAUCUUGGCAGGAAGAGUACAAGAGGCUGUGCUAUCACACACCCACGGUGUGCUCAGAAGUGCUGAAGGAACAUGCUCACCAAGUAUUGCACGUCAGUUUUGCACACAAUGGAACAAUGUUUGCUACGUCAUCCAAAGACGGAUUCAUAAUUGUUUGGAACUCUGACUACCCUGCUUCAGAGAGGUACAGUCAUGACAUGAAGAACUUCAGCUGGAAGUACACUCAGUUCUCACAGUUCAACCAGUCCGACACACUACUUCUGGUGUCGGGUGUACACUUCGGCACGCCUAACAGUACCUCGGGAGAAAUAGCUGUCUUCUCACUAACAGAUGGCUUCCAACUGCAAUGCAGGGUGGUCAACAAGCCCUACGACAUAUUCGGCACAUGGUACAGUGACCAACACCUGCUGUCUGGGGACCUGUACUGGCUGGCUCAUCUGGUCAGCACUACUGGACUUUGGCUGAACAAAGCUUCUCAGGAGACGGCGUCUGAACACACGCCCAUUCUGAGUCAGCUGUUUCGGUUUUACAACACCAACGCCUCCUCAAUCAGGGCCAUCAUGGUUGCCAACUGUCUCACCAGUGAGGACCCUCAGCCAGAGGGUGAGGGUAGUGGUAGCACUGCUGGGAGCCCCCCUCUCCCUACCCCCCAGGAGCGGGGCAACCCCCUCUCCCACCGAGAGCUUAACCGCAGGUCCGCCUCCUUCCGGUGCAACACACUUGUUGAGGAUGCCCCAUCUAGUGAUCCCCACAGUUCUGAGGGAGAGGCUCAAUCAUCGUCAAUUUGUUACAACACGGACUACCGCAUGUUUGAGAGCCAGUGGUCAGAGCAGGGCCGAGACUCGGACUCUGAUGGUAAUCCUCUCUGCUCGCAUGCUAGUUCUGGAGAUGAAGUUGAAGUGGAAUCUGAAGUUUCUGACAUGUCGGUAGAAGGUGAUGAUGAAGAUCUAGCGAAUAUGCCUGAAAAGUAUCUAAUUUUCACUACAGGAUCAAAAACAUACACACCUCAUCAGAUCGGUUUAAAGAGGAUCAAGCCGGUGUCCUUUCCACCUGUUCUGCCUCCCGGGGCCUCGCUGCAGGAGCGACUAGCUGAGCGUAGGGAGAGACGACAGCGGGAGAGAGAGAGGGAAGACGCAGGGUUCCCUCCCCCACCUGACCCUGACUGGCUGGACUACGCUGCUGUAGCUGACAGGUUUGACACCAUAGACCACGUCAUAGAUCUGCACGGCCACAUCAUCGGCAUGGGGCUCUCUCCUGACCAUCGGUUCCUCUACGUCAACAGCAGGCCGUGGCCGAGCGGCUACCGCAUCAAGAACCCUCUCGACCCUCCUCCGAUCGCCCAAGAGAUUGAUAUCCACGUGAUCGACCUCGUGACCCUUAAGGAGGUGGGCACCAUGCUGCGAGCCCACAAGGCGUACACUCCUAACAACGAUUGCUUCUUCAUCUUCUUGGAUGUUUGCGACCACUAUGUGGCGAGUGGUGCGGAAGACAAACAUGGCUACUUGUGGGACCGUCACUACGGCGUCUGUCUCGCCAAGUACCCCCACACUGAUGUUGUCAACUCUGUAGCCUUUAACCCUCGAGAUAGCAACAUGCUGGUUACCACUUCUGACGACUACACCGUCAAGGUAUGGCGCUCUCGAGCAAGGCUGGAGGGUCUACUGGGAGUCGCAAGGACCAACAAUCUCCCACGAGCAGUGAAGGGACAUCAACGCAACUCUCGGUGCAACAUGAAGAAGUGUGUAACUUUGUAAACUGAACUUUCAUAACUGGAUAGGUCAACAUAUAUUUUGGAAUCCCUCAUCAAUAUUGACACCAUAAAUAAUUUCUCCCAUUUUUGUGUGUAUUGUUUGAUUUUAUGCUAUUUGUACUGUUGAGUGUCAGGAGUUCAUUUUGAUUUCCCACCGAUGGUGUGAACUAAGAUAAUUGUGUGAAAUUUUGACAUUCAUGGAUUUAAAUAAAAUAAGGACAGUUACGAUCCUUUUUGAGAAAUUCCAGACAAAUGUAUUUUGGAGUAUUUACUUUGUCUAAUACUGUAUACCUAAUAAAUCUAAUACAUCAUUAAUAUCAAUGCUAUUGUGAAUUUUUAAGUCAAUAGUUUUUCCCAAAGAAGGAAUCUUCGAGACUCAACUGUACAAUGUGCUUAUAAUCACUUUUUACACUAUGAUUUUGAUCCUCUGAUUGUUCUAUAACACCUAGAUUUUAAGGAUUCCAAAGUACCAUGUUAAAUUUACGAUCUGUAGGGAAGGAGGUUACAACCACAUCUUUUGGAUAUAUUAUUAAUUAUUCCUGAGUAUCUAUUUAAACUUAUUUAAUACGCAAGCAGGUUUUUUGUGACAAUUACUCCUCCGAAACUACUGAACUGAUUGACAUGAUUUUAGUGUCAUUGGAAAGAGCGUAAUGUGAAGUUGUGCAGGAAACUUUCUUUUUAGGAAAAUAAUUAGAGAGUGAGGCCUGGAGCCCUUAAAAGUUUUGUAUUUCUCCAUAAGAUUAACAUGGGAAAUAAAACAAACAUUGUUAUGAAACCAGCUGUUGUCAGAAAUUAAAAGUGAGAAGAUGAACAUAUGUUAAUUGUAAACAGUCAAUGUGUAAAUUAUCUAGAAGAUAAACAUGGACAACCUAAUGCGGCUGUAAAAGGGAAACAUUAUUAGAAACACUAAAAACAAGAUCAGCCUUUGAAAAAUGAUAUUUACAAGAAAUGUUGAUUACAUUAACCUGUUAUGCACAUUGCGAGUAUUCCCAUUAGUUAAAUAAACAUAGAUUAGUUUGAGUUGACUCUUUUAAACUCAUCGAUAAUUAUUAUCGUCAGUCGUUUUCAAGCAACUCCUGUAAUACUUUACAAUUGCUCGAUUUCGAGCAACAUGUACACUAGUGUAUUUUUAAUUUCCAAAUCCAUUGUGAUAGGUUCGCACAAAUGUUUGUUAAUUUUAAAUCAAUUAUCAGUCAAUCAAUCAGUUGUUUAAUUUUUCAUUGCUUUUGGAAGGUCCUUUUAAUUUGUUGCAUUGUGUUUAUUUUUUUUUUUAUAUUACAAACCUGAAUCUCAACUCCAGCAUUGGAAUAAGUAAUUUAUGGUCUUGAAAACCUAUUUUGCUCGUGAGAUACUACGGCUUGAGAAAUUGCCCGUGUUUUGUACUUGAAAAUAUUAACUCUUGAAUUGUACAUACCCGUCUCAUAAACCGUCCUGAAGUGAAAAGUCAAUGAAAAUAUUUCUUACAGCUAUAUCUCAUAUCUUAUCUGCAUGACUUUCCAGUUAACAUUAAUUUAAUAUUCUACAGUUGUGAAUUAAACCAACCAUUAGCAGGAUUGUAAACAAUGUUACCUAUACACUAUAUCAAACAAUAGGCUAAUUUAACGGUUAAAAAACUGUAGUUUGAAAUAUUUUACACAAUCUCAAAACCAUUUUUUAGUAAAACCUAUUUACAUUAUAUCUGAACAGUUUAGGAUCGCAUUGGAUAAUUUUUAUGUAGCAUUUGACUUGUUUUACGAUUCAGUUGUAAAAUUCAUAGUUCAACAUAUACUUGUUAAAUUCAAAAUGUUAGUCUUUUAUGAAAAUGGCUCCAAAUCACCAACCCCAAAUACCAGCUUUGUGUGUCGUUUUCAACAUGUUUAGUGUUUAACAAUUUUUACCUAGAACCGUGUUUUUAACUAGCCAUUUCAGUUCAGUUCUUAGAAUUGAAAAGAUUCACUUAACAGCACCGUUUUACUUAACUACACGAGUAACGGACCAAUAAGGUUCAAGAAUUGAGAGAAAUUAAGUAAAAUUGUAAUGCUUCGAACUUCUUUUGGAAGUUAUGAGUAGUGAUUGUAAUUAAAAAACCGUUGUAGGUAAAAUAGUGUACACAACUCACGUAAAUAGUCUUUAUGCGAUCCUUGCGUAAACUACUAUAACCUGUUGGUUUUGGAAACCAAUGAGAAACCCCAAGAAAUUUUUGGACUUUUUGAAGAAUACUCAUGAUUUGACCCCAAUGGGAAAACUUUGUUCCUUUAUUGUUAGUCACAUUUCUGGGUAGAAUUGUAGAUAUUUUGUAACUAGUAUAAGAUAUUCAUUAAAGUCAUAUUAGUGUUGGCUACUUUAAAUAGUUUAGUGUGAAGUUUUACUGUUGUAGAUGUAAAAAUUUAAGUCUUGUUGAUGUAUUUUGAAUACAUAUAAAUAUUUUAGUUUUAAAUCAAAUUUAGGAACGAGGAACAGUUUUUGUUUGCUCUUAGCACGGUGUCACAUUGGUUUAUUUUAAUGAGGUUUCAUAGAAAAAUAACCACUGGCUGGUCGACUAGUUUCCUCUCUAGUAUAUUGCCUCCGGCAACUAUGAAAAUGUAAAGUGGGUAAGAGAGCUGUAUCCUUCACAACACAGUUUUACUAAAAGCAUUGGCUACCUACUUAAGGACACACCCCAUCUAUAAGAAUCGGAUGUACCGAGCUUUUUUUACUGAAAGAGAUCAUAGACAAGGUUUUAUAAACUGUGAUAAUAAUACAGUUAUAUUUUAUCUUUCAUUCUAUGUUUACUAAAGGCACAGAAAAUAUGCCAUAACCUAGUUCAAAAUACACUUCCCUUUCCGUUAAAGAUUGUUUAAGGUGUACAGUGAAUAAUACAGUAUUUUAAACAGCUCAAUCUGUAGAUGGCUAAACUGUACCGUAAUUACCUUUUAUUGUAUGUUUUCAUUAUAAAACUGGAUAUAACUUAACACGGGGAGAAUAUGUCCAGUUCAAAUUAGUGUAUCUAUAGUUAAAGAACAAUGAGCUCGCUCAGAGUUAUGUGAUGGUUAUACAAAUACCCAAUUCAUCUACAACCAAUAACAAUCCUUAGCUCUUUAUAUUGCUGUACACCAUUCAUUACUACCUUCACAGUUUUUGUGAAGUUUAUAUUAAACACCCAAACUAUUUAUCUGUCUAUUUGUUUAUGUAUCAGUAAAUCAGAAUAAUUUUAGCUAUUUAGAUUAAAACUAUUUGAGUUCUGAUAAACUCAGACAUGUUGUUAUCCAAGCCUUUUUUUUUAGAGCUGUCAAUGUAAAAAUUCUGUAUGUGCAAUAGUAUAUUUCGUACCUAGGGCCGAAAAUGAGGUUUUGCCGGCUCGAGAUAGUUUUUAAGUUCGAGACGAAGUCGAGAACUUAAAUCGAUCGAGAGCUGCAAAACCAUUUCGGUCCGUGGUACGAACGCUAUUUUUCACCACACUAUACCCUAUUGACACUAUUCACCACUAAAAUAAUGCAUACUAAUAGUCAACACAACUACAACUAAGGUUAUGGGAAGAAAUAAUUUGAGGAAUCAGCAAAAAUAAAAAUAAAUAGUUGCUAGGCAACGGUGACAAUAACACAAUUCUAUUGCAAUGCUACGGAUUUUGAUUGUGUAUUUCAAAUGCAUUCACGUUUUAAGUAAGUAAGCAGACAGCUGAUUUUGCGGCCCCGGCCUGUAAAAACCUGCUCGGUCCCCAAAUUACGAUGACAGCUGGCAAGGACAGCAAAACGUAACUUUCAGCCACCAAUUAACGUAUGUAAUACAGCCAAAAACAUCAUCGUGUGGUGAAAAAUUCUUUACCCUACCUUACCUACUUUGUUUUGACUUGCCCUUUAUGUCUAAGAAAAUAACACACAUUCACCAACAAGUUACUAUAUAGUAGACAGCAUAAAAAUAAUUCAAUAAAAGUUGAUUAGAUGUUCAGAUUUCUGUGGUAUUUAAUUGCUGUAACAAACAGCUGUUAUAAUUUCUAUAGGGCCAUUUUGUGCAGUCUUUUCUAGAUUUGUUAUUCUUUACUUAAAUACAAAAGAUGUUUUUUUUUUUUACUUUCUUUGCUUGGAUACAACAUUGUACUUUUAUACAGUAUAUAACCCGUGUGUGGGAUGGUCACACAAUUGUUCAUAAAAUUUCUUAGUUGCGUUGUUCUAUGUCUCUAAUAAUGAUUACUGUAUAUGAUUGUUUAUGGGAUUGAAUAAAUGCAUUCAAAUAUAGAUACAAGCUUAGCUGCGUUCAAACAAAGUUUCACGUUUUAAGCAUAUUUAACAAACUUAUAAUAUAAUUAGCAUGCUUAUAAAUUUGCAUCUGGUAUCAAAUUCCAUAGUAAUUUCAAAUUUGGUUUGAUUUGUAGGUUGUGGACUAGAUGAAUUUAAUUUUUUUUUCUAGUAUUAAGUAUUUUUAUCAGAUUGAAAAUCUGGUUGUUUACCAUUCUUGUACAUAGCUUCAUCUGUAAAAUACAGAAUAAUGAAAGUGUUUUGAGGCGUCCAUCUUAUUAUUGUUUAUUGGCAUCAAGUGAAGAAAUAAAAUACUUUUGUUAUA